CUUUGUUUCUUUGUUGUUUCUCUUCAUUCUAACAUGUCUGAUCAUAACGAAUCCAUUAACCAGUUUAUUGCCAUGACUGGUGUUAGUAAGGAACAAGCAAAGUUCUUUGUAGAAAUGGCUAAUGGGGAUAUUGAAAUGGCACUUACUCAGUAUUAUGAUAACAGCAAUGAAAGUUCUGGACCUUCUACUCCUGCUGCCUCUUCAAGUCUAGAAAGUAGUGCUAUACCAUCAUCUUCAGCCAUUCCUGCGAAGCGGUCAACCAACGCGUCAAGGUCAACCAAAUCAUCAAAUAUACGAACUCUGAACGAUGUUGCGACUUCUCAAGCUAGAGAUGAAGACGAUGACGAACCUCAAAACUUUUUUGCUGGUGGUGAAAAAUCUGGUAUGCUUGUACAAGAUCCUACCAAACGUGGCAAAAACAGCAAUCUUGUGGAUGAAAUCUUGAAAAAAGCAGCAGCUGGGGGUCCAGCUCCUGAAGAAUCAAGCUCUGACAAGGCAUCAAAACCAACUUAUUUUACAGGAUCAGGUUACACAUUGGGCAGUGAAGAUGAACCUUCAGUCAUGGUGAAUAGUGAAAAUCCUGCGGAAUCAAGUGAAGAAUCCUUACCAUCGGUAGUUCGAUAUUUGACCUUUUGGAGAAAUGGAUUUAGUGUUGAUGAUGGACCACUUUUACGAUAUGAUGAUCCUGCAAAUUCAGCCAUGUUAAGCUCAAUCAAUAGUGGUCGUGCACCAUUAUCUUUAUUAAAUGUAAAGCAUGGUCAACCUGUGGAUGUCAGAGUAGCAAGACGGCAAGAUGAAGACUAUGUUCCUCCUCCUAAAGCUCCUCCUAAACCAUUUGAAGGUACUGGUAAUCGACUUGGUAGUCCUGCCCCAUCUUCACCAUCAAUCUCCUCCAAUACUACAGCUCCUGCUGCGGCUACUACUGCAGCCGCUCCUGAAAUUGAUGCUAAUUUGCCAAUCACAUCAGUACAAAUUCGUCUUGGCGAUGGAUCUAGACUUGUGGCAAAAUUCAAUCAUACUCAUACUAUAGGAGACAUUCGACGAUACAUUGAUAGUCAACGUCCUAAUCAACGAUCAUAUAUUCUUCAAACAACAUUCCCUGUCAAAUCAUUAGCCGAUGAAGGACAAUCACUAAAGGAAGCUGGGUUAUUGAAUAGUGUAGUAGUUCAACGUUAUGAAUAGGAAUAUAUUAGAAAGAAGUACAUCAAAACAUUUUUUUUUUUUUUUUUUACGCGAUCAAUAAAAACUGCUUUACUGUCUUUUUUUUUUCUUCUCUUUUUGUAUGGUUU